CAGCCGUCAUACUCAUUAACAACUCAAACUCCCCCCCAAAGAGGAAAAGCAAGACGAGAAAAAAACCAAAAAUUUAAAGGAAAAGAUUCUUGAAAUUCUUCAGAAAAAACAAAUACAGCUUAGUGGCAGCGUUUGGAAACCGGUGGGUUCUUGAAAAGUGGUUUUGGUUUCUGUAAAUUAUUGUUGCUGUGAUCAGGAGAAGUGUGGGGGAGGAAAGAUGGGUGGUUUUGGUGGGGUGGACGAGACGGGCUAUGUUUUGCUGAAAAAUCUUAAGGUAGAAUUGAGGAGAGAAGGUGAUGGAGAUGAUGGUGAAAAAGAAGCAGAUGGGUCUUUCGCUCUCUGUUUCUGGCUUUACAUUGACAACUGUGCUUCUUACCCAUCUGCAAUUCUUGUUCAGAAGCACCCAGAUAUUGCAUCUAGUGUUCCUUUCCUUUGGUUGGAUGACAAGAAGAGACUGAACCUCUUUCCAUCACUAUUUCUGCAUGAAGAGGCACCGGAUCCUGAUAACUCAAUUCAAUGGACGGAAGUUCCAUGUGCCUCCACUGAGAUUGAGUUUCCAAUGAAGAAAUGGGUUCAUGUUGGAUGUGAGGUCUUGCCGGAUCUCCUAAGGCUUCAUGUUGAUGGCGAAAUAUCGGAAAAGAGGCCUUUGACUUGCUCAUUGAACAAGGACUUGCAUGCUGAUGCGCUGAAGAAAAUAUAUAUGACAUGUCCUGAUGAUACUGAGGAUAUAUUUCAUGGUUAUGUUCAUGGACUUGAUGUCCUGAUUCCAUCAUCAGCUGUCAAAAAUCAUUAUGUCAAGGAUUCUCCAGUGCGGCUAUCAAUUGACUAUUCAAGUGCAUCUGAGAUUGAAGAAGACAUUGAUGGUGUGUGGAGCAUUGUUGGGGGCAAGGCAUCAUGCCGGAGGAUCUUUUCUCUAGAUGUUACAUUAUUGGAUCCAUUUGGUUGCCCUGUGAACAAAGAAUUAGAGGUUGCUGCUGCCCUUUUGUAUGCUGACAAUAAGGCCCCUGUUGAGAACACCAUUGAUGCAGAACCUCCCCUUCUUAUGAGUUACGACGGGAUUGAAUAUGCCUCUCAUGAAAGACCAUGUAAAUUAAUAAAUGGACGUGCUUCUUUUAAGCUCAAGAUAUCUCAGCUUUCGUCAAAGUGCGAUAACAGGCUCUUCAGGAUUAGGUUUGACAUUCCAAAAUUGGGAAGAUUUCCAUUUCUUGAGACCGUCUCCCUACCUAUUCGUUGUAUUUCACGUUACAGGCGAACGGCUUCUCUAACAUGGAAAAAGUCAUCCAAUAGAACUUACUAUAUAAAUGGGUGUAGAUCCCCUGGUCCAGAUGAUGGCCCUAUGGAACUUAUGCCGAGUAUUGUACGUGAAGCCAAACCAAGUCCUUCGUCGAAACGGAUAAAAUUAGGGAAUGACGUACCAUUUCCGAUGUUCACGGAAGAACUGAAGCAAGCCAACAAAGGACAGGAUUCUCAUGCUUGGACUAGUAAUGGGGACGAUGCACAUGCGAGGAGUAUAGAUGGGAGACCAGAAAACCAGUAUGGAGCAGAGAAUGUCUCAUCUGCUUCACAUAAUAGCCAAGCAACAAACUCAGACCUGAAAAUGCCCAGUGUUUCAAGUCCAAUUUCAGAUUUGAUAAUCUUCAAAUACUGCCUUGGAGGUCCAGCAGAGAGAUCUCAACUGCUCAAGGAAAUUGCUCUUUCAGCUAGUGAAGAACAACUUACACACUUUGCAAAGCAGGUUUCGUUGUUCUCUGGAUGCUCGCAUCACUGGACUCAAAUAAAUAUUGCAAGGAGAUUGAUGGUGGAAGGUAUACAAGCUUGGGCUUCAAUAUCAGAGAACAACAACCAUGUUCAGUGGGAGAAUCUGGUUUCCAGGAUUAAUGAACACUACAUGAGGAUAGCCUGCUGCUCUCGUUCUCUGACGGAUCAGGAUUUUGAGUGUUUGAGGAGAAUAGCUGGAUGUCGAGAUAUAGUAUCCCAGGAAAAUUUUGAGAGACUGUGGGCUUGGUUGUACCCAGUAGCUUUCACUUUGUCGCAAAGUGCUGUUAAUUCAAUGUGGAAUUCAAUGUCCCCCGUAUGGAUGGAAGGAUUUAUCACAAAGGAAGAAGCGGAAUUGAUACUUACAGGCUCAGGGGGUCUUCAAGACCCCGGAACAUUUGUAUUGCGAUUCCCUACAUCGAGAAGCUGGCCUCACCCGGAUGCUGGUAAUCUGGUAGUGACUUACGUUGGUAGUGACUACACCAUUCAUCACCGGCUGCUUUCUUUUGAUUUCAUUAACAGUUCUUCCAUCACGGAAUCCCCUGUAAAGCCGUUGCAAGAUUUGCUGCUUGAAGAGCCGGAGCUCUCCCGACUGGGAAGGAUGGUAAGAAGCGAGUAGGUCAUCCAAGAUUCAAUCCACAUCCCAUUUUCAGGGCUUUAAUUUCCCAGUUCUCUUUGUUGUUCGCUCUCACCGUUUCAUCUCUAGCAACGUAAACUAUAGAAGAAAACGACAGUCUUGUUUGGUAGUACAAGGGCGAUUUGUCUGUGUACAUAUAUUAAUCAGGUCAUUGCUCCCACCUUCUCUAUGGCUUAAUUCUCAGGCAUUUCCAGAAGCUGAACAAUUUCAAAUGCUGUGCACUUUAGCAGAGCCGUGAGAGAAACAGUAGACCAGCCGUCUCACUCGUGGCAUCGAGUAGCCGACUUACGUAUCGAGAUUGGAGGUGUAUUAUGUAUAAAGUAGAUAGGGACGUGAGUUACAAAAGGUUUAAGGGAUGGAGUAGUUGCCAAUUUUAGUAGAUAGAGGAAGGAUUUAUUGAGUAGGUAGAGGAAGGAUUGUUAAUGUUGUGUCUGUAUCUCAAUCAAGUCAGGCUGCUUAUGCCUUUCAAUCACUUGUACUGUGUUAUAUGCAAAAAUUGCCUAAUUUAUGUGAGCAAAUGUGUUUUCUUCUCA